UGUCCUCAUUGGCCAAUGAGAGGAGGAAGGAGGGCAUGUGUGCAAAUAAUAUAAGUGAGAUGACAUCCAGGUGGUGGGGAAUCAUACAGGUGAGCAUUCACACCACUGCCUGAGGAUACUACUUCACUGUACCAGACACAGGAAAGCACCUCAACUUAAGAUUGUCAUCAAAAUAUGUUGACGGGAAUGGAGACGCUGGCAUAUGGGACUGACAUUAAGCUGGGUGGAGGUCGGGGGGCCUGGAAUGGAGUGACUCCCUCCACCUGUCCAGAGGUGGACUUAGAAGUCAUUGAGGAGUACCUGCAGGAGCAUUCACUGGAAGUCCAGCCUGUGCACGCACCUGCAUCAUCCAUGACCACCUUGGGGCAUCAAACACAUACAAACUCCCAUCAGGAGGCCAGGAUCAUAGAGAAUAGCUGGUCAGGUCAGCAUCCAUAUGAGUGGCACUAUGACUCUCACACUUCAAAUGAGGAAUACAAAGAGGCAGCAUCACAUCCAGCCUGUCUUCGCCCUCAUGACAGCCAGUGGUAUUGCUACGAGGCACCUACAUACGUUGACUCAGAUUCACAGUCUAGCAGCUCCCAGUAUCACGAUUACCAAGAUUCCCCAUCACCACCAUCUGACAGAGGGGAUGGGAAGGACAGCAAUUCUUUACCACUUGUACCUUUGUCAGGAAAGAGGAAGGAGCGCCUGUUCCAGUUCCUGUUUGAGAUGCUUCAGACGCCAUCGAUGCGGAGCUGCAUCUGGUGGGUCCAGUCUUCCUCUGGCACUUUUCAGUUCUCCUCCCAAAACAAGGAGAGCCUUGCGCAGCUGUGGGGUCGACGAAAGGGGAAUCGCAAAACUAUGACAUAUCAGAAGAUGGCACGGGCGCUAAGAAACUACUCCCGAACUGGCGAGAUUCACAAAGUGAAAAGGAAGCUCACCUAUCGGUUUGAUGAGAAGACACUGAGAUGUUUACAAGGAGAUUCUAAUACAGUGUAGACAGCAUGACAUCAGCACAGAAGUAGACUGAGCCAAAGGGACGUUAAUGGAAAUUACUUGACAUCUUUUCUGCUCUUUCUUAUUCUAAGGACUUUUAAAUGAUAAAUUAAUACUGAGUAUUUAAACAAGCCAGAGCGUGAAACACUGAUGGCUCAGAGUUUUCUGGAGAUGAAGAACCACAUUGGAGUUGGGAUGAAGGGUGAACUGGAAAUGAUUAAACUGACACAAAGUUGUAAUCUAUAGAAGCAGGCCACAUGUGAGGUCAGCUGGCAUUCGUUGAGUAAAUCUAAAAGGUUUUCACAUAAAAUCUACUUUAUAAGUAGAACUUAUAUCUUUAUAAAAGUUAAAGUUGUGUCUUGUUUGUUGUGAUCCUGUGUUGCAGAUAUUCAGCAGAUAGAGUAUAUGAUCGUUUUAUACUCCUAAAGCAAAAUGAGAUUGUGUAAACUUGAUCUGUUUGUGUAAAUACCUUUUUUUAGAUAAAAUAAAGAGAUCUUUC